AUGAUUCUGUGGUGUGCGUCUUUUGGCCUAAUUUUGACGUGUCUUCGAAUAAAAAUUAGAAAUCCGCUUAUCGGACGCAGGUUAUUAUUUGACCGGACCUUCUGCAUUUCUGUAUAGCUAAAGGGACGGACCUAAUGGGAGACAGCGAAGACGAAUACGAUCGUAAAAGGCGCGACAAAUUUCGCGGUGAGCGCGCCGAAGCUAGUUACAGAGGCCCCGAACGCGUAGCCCGACCUCGGGAUGAGUGGGUAGAAAGGGGCUUUGGCGAUUCAUGGUCACGACCAAGGCCCAGAGAUUACCGGCCUCGGGAUCGAGGCUACUCGCCGGGCAUGGAGCCCACGGCCAAAAGAAUGCGGCAUGACUACUACGGAGAGGGUUACUACAACCAUUACACACCUUACCAUCAGCCCCCACACAGAGGUUUCUUCUACAGAGAACAGAGCAUGUCUCAGAUGGAAGGCCAGCAGCCACCGAUGAUGUCUUUUAAGUCAUUCCUCGCCACCCAGGAUGACAACAUAUCGGACAGUGAGGCAAUAGAGAAGUAUAACGACUAUAAGUUGGAGUUUCAGAGGCAGCAGCUCAACGAAUUUUUCGUUGCGCACAAAGAUGAUGAAUGGUUCCGGUUAAAGUACCACCCCGAAGAUUCGAUCAGACGAAAGCAGGAACAGGCGGCCGCCCUCAAGAGGCGCCUCGAGGUGUUCAUAGACCUCCUAAACGCUGGCAAGAUCGAGAGCACAACGGUGGACUGCGCGCGCACCACCGACCUCCUCAAAUUGCUCGACACGGUCGUCAUCAAACUCGAGGGCGGGAGCGACGACGACCUCGCCGCUCUGGAACAGGAGUACGAGGAGAUGGAGCAGAAGUACCGCGAGCAAAAAGAGAAAGAGGCGGCGGCGGAACGGGCGAGGGAAGCGCGACAAGCGGAGGCCGCUAAUCAAAAGGAGGAGGGUGAAAUCGAGGCUAAAAUUAAGGUGGAAAAGGGGGUGGAGCAUAAGAAGGCGAACGAAACCGGCCAGGAUCAGACGAUGGAAGCGGGACAAGUAGAAGGCGACACCAAAGAGGACGGAGAAGCGCCGGACGACGGGAAAGAAGAGGAAGAAAAGAACGAAGACAAGGGCGAUAAAGGAGACGAAGAAAAAGGGGAGGAGCGCGCGACAGAAGAGCCGGAGAAGCUCGACGAGGAAGAACCUCUGAAAGAGGCUGCGAAUGGGGAUGCUGAGAUGAAAGAGUCGGAACAGGAGGAGAAUAACCACGCGGAAACGGUGGAAGUCAAGGAAUCCGACGAAAAGGGGGAGAAGAAAGAAAACGGGAAGAAACGGAAGCGAUCCUACUCCGGCAGCAGCCGAAGUAGCUCGUCGUCAAGUUCCAGCAGCGAGAGCGAAGACGAAGAAGCGAACAAAGCGAAAGAAAAGAACGAGAACAAAGAAGAUGAGGAGGAGGUGGAAAAGGAUAAGGAUGACAAAGACAAGGACGAGGUGCAUUCGAUAUCAGACGACAGCAAACCGGAGAAGCCGAAGGCGUUGCACAAAACCACUUCCAUAUUUUUGAGGAAUCUGGCGCCCACCAUCACCAAGCAGGAGGUGGAGGCGGUGUGCGCGCGGUACGAGGGGUUCCUGAGGGUCGCGUUGGCGGACCCGCAGCCGGAGCGGAGGUGGCUGCGACGCGGAUGGGUUACUUUUAAACGGGAGGCGAACAUCAAGGAGAUUUGUUGGAACUUGAACAACAUACGACUGAGGGAGUGCGAGUUGGGCGCCAUCGUUAAUCGGGAUCUGAGCCGAAGGAUCAGGCCCGUUAAUGGUAUCAUGGCGCACAAGCAAGUGGUGAGGUCCGACAUCAGGAUAGCGGCGAGGGUGACCUUGCACCUGGAUGCCAAGGCGGGUUUGUGGCCCGACGACGGCGAAAAGAAAGAAAAAACGCAUCAGAGUUUCGGACUCGUUUCGAACAACCCCGUGUUGCACAACAUUACCGACUACCUUAUCGAAGAAGCCAGCGCGGAAGAGGAGGAGCUCCUGGGACUGGAGCCGUCCACCGAAAACCAGGAAGCGGUGUCGACGGUUGACCGCGACGAGAAUCUGAUCCGAGUGUUGGACCGGAUUAUCUUGUACCUGCGGGUCGUCCACUCCGUGGACUACUACAACCAUUGCGAGUACCCGAACGAGGACGAAAUGCCGAACCGUUGCGGUAUUUUGCAUGCCAGGGGACCGCCACCUGCCUCCAAAACCGACAUGACGUUGUUCAUCGGGCCGCCGGUCGAGGCGAAAAUGUCAAACUUUUUGCCGGAGAAGCCGAAAGAGGAAAAAGACAAGAACGAGACCAAACUGAUAGCGAUGGCGCUCAAAGACGUCGACUCGGAGGUGGACAAGUUCGUGCAGGCCAACACUCGCGAAUUAGCCAAGGACAAGUGGCUCUGUCCGCUUUCCGGGAAAAAGUUCAAGGGGCCCGACUUUGUGCGGAAGCACAUUUUCAACAAGCACGCGGAAAAAAUCGAGGAGGUCAAAAAGGAGGUGGAGUUUUUCAACAACUACCUGAAAGACCCGAAACGGCCGAUGCUGGCGGAGGCGCCGCAGCCGAAACGUGAGGAACCGCAGGCGUAUAGCCAUCCCGGGUACGGGGGUGGCGGUGGCGGAGGCGGUGGUUAUGGCGGCGGAUUUGGCAGGCCGCAGCCCUAUUACAACCAGGGUUUCGCGCCAAGGUCGCGGGGAUACGCGCCCAGGGCCAGGGGCGGGCCGGCUGGGGACUUCGGGCGACCGAUCAUCCAUUACCGGGACUUGGACGCACCGCGGGAACCGGAAGAGUUUGUAUGAUUUACUUAAAUGUGGAAUAUAUGCGUUUGUUUGUGGUAUGUUUUGAAAUAAAA